AUGGACUCUGCAUCACACCCACACUUGCUGGCCGCAAACAACUUGCCCGCUCUGGUCGGAGGGGCGGUUGUGACAGCAAUUGUUUACACCAUCGGGGUCGCCAUCUACAACGUCUACUUCCACCCCCUGAGCAAGUACCCGGGAUCCAAGUGGUACGCGGCCAGCAGGAUCCCGUACGCGCUCGAUCUCAGCCGCGGAACCAUCAACAAGGCGAUAACGGAAGCGCACAAAAAGUAUGGCGACGUCAUCCGCAUCGCCCCCGACGAGCUCUCGAUGAUCAGCGGCGAGACGGCAUGGAACGACAUCUACGGCUUCCGUGGGGCCAAGAAGCCCGAGUUCGGCAAGGACCGGAACUGGUACGUCCGGCCAGUCAACGGGACUUACUCGAUGCUCGUGUCGGACCGUGAAGGCCACUCCCGGAUGCGCCGCAUCUUCUCGCACGCCUUCUCGGACAAGGCGCUGCGGGACCAGGAGCCGCUGGUCCAGAAGUACAUCGACAUGCUGAUGCAGCGCUUCAGCGAGAAGGCAAAGGCGGGCGUCGUCGUCGACAUGGUGCGGUACUACAACUUCACCACCUUCGACAUCAUCGGCGAUCUCACCUUUGGCGAGUCGUUUGGCUGCUUGGAAUCGGACGACUACCAUGCGCUCGUGGCGGGCGUGUUUGCCUCGCUCAAGUCGGGCAACCUUCGCAAGGCGCUGCACUACUGGCCGUAUCUGGCAAAGGCAUAUCUUGCGUGGGACAAGUUCACCAAAGGAGGCAAGACUCAGGGAAACGUCAUCUUCCACAACUUUGUGGCCACCAAGGUCGACAAGCGGCUCGCGGCGGAGACGGACCGGCCGGACAUCAUCACAGCGGUGGAGAACCAGCCCGAGAGCCGGGCGCUGACACGGGCGGAGCUCCAGACCAACUCGGAGCUCUUUCUGAUCGCCGGGAGCGAAACGACGGCCACGAUGCUGAGCGGCACCACGGCAGCGCUGCUGAGACACCCGGAGAUGAUGAAGAAGCUGUGCGACGAGAUCCGCGGGGCCUUCAACAGCGCCGACGAAAUCACCUUCGAGCGGGUGAACCACCUUCCGUACCUCAUCGCGGUGCUCACCGAGGGCAUGCGCUUCUACCCGCCGGUGCCGACGGGGUUCCCGCGCAAGACGGCCGAGGGCGGUGGCAGCGUCAGCGGCCACUAUGUGCCUCAAGACACUGCAGUGUACGUGUCCCAGUACGCGGCCUACCACAGCCCGCAGAACUUUGCCGAGCCCGACUCGUUCAUCCCGGAGAGAUGGAUUGGCGACGACCCGCGGUUUGCGAACGACAAGAAGUCGGUGCUCAUGCCCUUCUCCAACGGGCCCAGGAACUGCCUUGGCAAGAACCUCGCGUACGCCGAGAUGCGCUGCAUCCUCGCAAAGACGCUCUUCAGCUACGAUCUCGAGCUGGUUGACCCGGAGGUGGACUGGUUCGAUCAGAGGGUGUUUGGGCUGUGGGAGAAGGGCCCGCUGUCGGUCCGGGUCACGGAGGCGCGCAGGUGA